UAGCCCACAGCUGCUGCUGAUGAAUGAACGAACGUGUGCGUAAAACAUAGCAAAAAGCGGAAUUCGCAAAGCCGUUUUCUUGUUGGCCCAGGCUAAUAUUAUAAACAAUUAAAUGGCCUCCAAUACAAGCGACUAAAUCGUGUUGGUGAUAGCUGCCUGUGAGACCAUUAGAAGGGCUUCGUGGACCGGCGAUACACAAUGGAAAUGGAUGGGUAAAAUAAAGGCAGCAAACGAGUAGUAGUAGCAGGAGACUGGUGUGUGUUCGUGUGCGUACGCGUGUGAGGUGUAGUGCGUGUAGUAGUACGAACGAGUGUGUGUGAGGUAAACGCAAAACGGUGAAGCGAACCAGGGGAGGCAGCAAACGCGCAAAAGAAGUCCCAAAUUGUGAAAAAGAAAACAAAAAGAGAGCCUAAUUUGUGUUGGGUUGGGAGAAAAAAGACAAAUGUAAAGUGAAGAUGGAAAAUGUGUGGUAAAUGAGAUAAGCGAUUGCAGCCCCACCGCUAGAGCCGGGCAUGUUAGUGCUACUGGUCCGAGGAGCAGAGGCAGAGCAGCAUCCACCCAGAGCCACAGUCCUCCUGCCCCUGACCCUGCCCCUGCCACAGUCCCAGCCCGAACAGCAGUAAUGAUGCUGGCUGCAGCCGGUCUGCCGGCCUACGAUGCCGGCAAGCUCAACAGCAAUCCGAGCAACGGGACGGGAGGUGGCAGUGUGGGCACUCCCUCGGCAGUGGGUGCCUCGCGUCCCAGUGCGGCCAGUGCACUGAUGAAGACCCUGUCCGUACGCCUGCAUCGCGGCACCGAAUUUAUCAAGGAUACCGUGCAGAAGGCUCUCGUCAUGUCAGCGCCAGCACCCGUGGCCGAGGCCCCGGCCCCAGCCGCAGCCCCACCUCCACCAGCAGUUGGAUCCGCUGGGACGCCGUCGAAGCCCGUAACGCUGACCAGCCAGACACUAAAGCGGAAACUGGCCGGAGCGGGAGGGUUGAUGGGCUGCGGCCCGAGUCGGAUUACAUCGAUCACCGCCAGCUCGAGCAGUGGACGCUUCAUUCUGGCCCAUGCCAACAGGAAGCCCGCUAGCCAGGUGCCGACGGAGGCGUUCCUCAAGGUCUACACGGUGGCACCCACUGAACUGCAUCGCUCGGCAGCGGCCCGCGUACGUAAUCCCAGCACUGAUAGCUUACUCAUGGAUCUGUGCCAGUUUAAGCCCAUCCGGCCCAUGCCCAUAACGCCAAUUAAAAUUAACAAAUUCCGCGGCUUUGAACUGAAACGACCCAAAUUUGUGCCCGCCGUGAAUGACAGCGAAGACGAGGACGACGAUGAGGAUGAUCCAGAGUCAAUCCAGAAACCAAAGCCUAGCUCCGUGACAUUGCUGCCGCAUAAGGGUUCGGCGUUUGUGCCGAUGCCCUAUAUAGAGAGCCCAAACACCACCGCCGCCGCCGCCAUCACCGCAAUCGCCACCAGGAGCAGAUCUCGCUCACACAACACUCACACCUCAGCCACUGGCGCAGACGAGCCCAAGCCAAAGCGUCGUCGUCGCGCUCCGCUGCUCACAGCCAGGCGACGCCGCACAAGAACAUCAGCAGCUACAGCUGCUGCUGCUUCUGGUGCGCCCUCACCAGUCAACAACCCAUCAGCCUCACCAGAAGAAGAAGCACUCAAACCUGCAGCACCUGGCAAACGCAAGGCAGCCACAAAAAGUGGUCCUGCGAAACGCAGUCGGGCUGCAGCCGCCAAUCCCACUCCGGUCGCUGCCCCAUCAACCUCUCCGGAAGAGGCAGCCAAGGCGCCUGCCAAACGCAAAUCGUCAACGAAAAGGGAACCAGCGAAACGCAGUCGUGCCGCGGCUUCUGCAGCUGCCAAUCCCACACCAGUCACCGCAUCCACCUCUCCGGGAAGGGCACCCCGUGCACCGGCCAAACGUAAAUCGGCCCCAGCAAAGGGCCCAGCGAAACGCAGCUGUGGUGGCUCAUCUUCAGCUCGUCCCUCGCCACCCAUGACACGUCAACGGGCCCGUCAACAGAUCUCCGCCAGCAGCUGCCACAGUGGCAGCACUUAAGUUUCAUCUACAAUCAUCUCGGAUGUUCGUUCAGUGGAACGUAAUCCGAUGCGGCAGCAGCAACAAUGGGAAAGGGUCUAGGAAAACUCUCCAAGUUCCAAGUGUUUUGGUUCUAGCUACUGUUUAUGUCUGAGUAGCGUUCGAAAGCGCCUAUUCGUGUAGCAUUGUUCUCGAUAAGUGGGAGUGUAAUGUAAACCCAGGGGCCUAGGGGCCCACAACCAUUAUGCAAUGAAUCGUUUUACCAAGAGAGAAGCCACUCGGGGACUGCCAAAGAACGACCAUUGUUCUUUCUCUUUGUAAGAGAGACAUCCAAUGCUUUACUUUCCCCACAUUCAAGAGAGAGAUCCAGGCAUUACUUGCCCCCAUAUUUUCACUUUCUCCGAGUAGAUACAACACAUAUGUAUGUUGCGGCAUCAAAAUCAUUUUGACUUGGUCUUCAAGACUGAUAUAACAAAGAAUCCACUAACGAAUAACGAAUAUAUGAUAUGAUACUGAUACUGAUAUGUAUGCAAACAAAAACAAAACAAAAACAGAAGAUUCAAGAAUUUAUGUUUAGCCACAGUCCUCAGCAAAACGAAGAACUUUAAGCAGAAAAAGUAUUAAAUGUAUAAAGAAACAAAACCAUGUAAAAUGUAAGCCAUUCCUGAUAUUCAUAUUUCAAAAAAUGAUCAAGUGUUUUAUUUUUUUUUAUUUUAUUUCGUUUUAAUCAUUAUUAUGAUUAUUUGUAUUUGUUCGAUGUACAAACAGAAAAAUUGCAAUGCUUUCGAUUCGAUUAUGUUCUAUAUAUGUUGGCCUUUGAGGCAAAAAGAUAUCGAGAUAUGAGAGAGAGAGAGAGAGAGUUAGGAGAAAAUUAAAAGCAGGUAGGAAGAUGAAGAUCAUGUAAACGCCACAACUAUAAUUAAUUUUCCUACUUUGAUUAAGUUUGUUAGAAUUUAUAGCUUAGAAACAAAACAAACUAAUUCAUUCAUAAAUCUAUACAUAUAUAAUAAUAAUAUAAUACUACCUAAAUCUAUCUGUAAGAGCAGCAUAUACAUAUAUUUAGAGGUCAAAUCAACUGUGUGUUGUGAUAUGAACUAAUUUAUAAUACCAAGCAAAAGACAACCAACUCAACCCAACCCGAACCCCCAAUGAUAGUUCAAUCAAUUGCUUGAUCCCAGACAACCCACAUCCCCCACUCUCAGCCUCGUCGAAAAAAAAAACACCCCAUUCAAAACAGAUACAGAACACUUUGAUAUCAUUAAGAAGUAGUGCAGACAAAAAAUUCCAUAAUUAAAAUUAAAAAAAAAAAUCAACACAACUUAUCGAGAAUUAGCCCUAAGCUAAGAACAAUUUCAAGAGAUUCCAAACAAAUGCAAAAUUACUUAAACACACAGCGAGUUGUAUGCGAUGCGUCAAUAAAAAUCCCUAAAAAAUAACUACAAGACUAUCCAUUCAUUGAUGUCCCGAUUUAAGUGGGGUUUCCGCAUCUUAAAUUCAUUUUUUCCCAUACUUUUCUUGACGGUUAUUAAUCGUUUUUUGUUCAUCAAUUUAACUUUAAUUUUGUUCUAGAAGCAGACAUUUUCCUUUUCCCUUUUAUCUGUAUUAACAUUGUCUUCGGUUGCGACUGAACUUUGUGGGAUUUCGUGCUGAGUCUCGCUAUACUCAAAUGUAUCUUCAUGUAAUAUCCUUUCCUAAGCAUCCAAAUUUACUCUCUUACCAAGUGAAUGUUUAGUUUAAUAUUUGCUUUCCAUUGUACAUGUAUUUCGAUCUAAAUCUUGUUUGUUUUCAAUAAUA